AUUAAAAAGCUUUAUCGUUUAGAUUAUUGAUUAAUAAAAAUGCUCUAAGUAUUACUUAAAUAAGUUAAAAAACUAAAUACAAGUUAAAAACUAAAUACCUUUAUUAUACAACAAUGUUUAGAAGUGUUAUAUUAAAAAAUUGGUUGCCAUUGAAACAUUUAAAAAAUGAAUAUUUUCUGCAAGCUGCAGAGGCUAGAAAAGAUUACACAAAAAUACUUUGGAAUAAUAAAAGACAACUCUCAGUUUCGAGCAUUAGUUUAAAGAAAAGAAAAACUUCAGAAGAGAAGGCUGUAGAGAACCGAGGGAAAAGAGUAAUCAGAUAUUCUCCAAAAGCAGGUACUGAAGUUGUGGGCAUUUGGCGUAACAUGACUGUACAGGAGAUUGCGAAUGUGCUGAAAAAAGAUGUUGACCAUGUGUUCAAAGCUUUAGAGUUUGCUGAUAAGAAUACAGACACAUAUUAUAAAGAAGACACUGUGAUACACAAUCCUCAAAUAAUAAGAGAUGUUGUUAAAAUAUCUGGCUGUAGAUUUAGGAUAAUUGCUAGACCUGAUGAUGAUAUUGAAAAAGAAGAGAACAAAGAUGCAGUACCAGCUCCACCUGCUCCACCAGAGGCGCUUCGGCCUCGACCUCCUGUAGUGUGUGUGAUGGGGCACGUGGACCACGGGAAGACUACUCUGCUCGAUGCUUUACGGGACACAUCUGUUGUAGAUACAGAAUUUGGAGGGAUAACACAACACAUUGGAGCUUUCGAAGUGACCCUGCCGUCGGGCGAGAAGGCGACGUUCCUGGACACGCCGGGCCACGCCGCCUUCAGCGCGAUGCGGUCGCGCGGCGCGCUGGCCACCGACGUGGUGGUGCUGGUGGUGGCGGCCGACGACGGCGUCAUGGCGCAGACGAUCGAGUCCGUGCGCAUGGCGCGCCACGCGGGCGUUCCGAUACUGGUGGCGAUCAACAAAAUCGAAAAGCCAGGUGUGAACAUUGACAAGACCCUGCGCUCGCUGGCGCAGGUGGGCGUGGUGUGCGAGGCGCUGGGCGGCGACGUGCAGGCCGUGGGCGUGUCGGCGCUGCGCCGCCUGCAGCUCGGCGCGCUGCUGGACGCGCUCGACCUGCAGGCGCAGCUCGCGGACCUCCGCGCAGACCCCACCGGGUACGUCGAGGGAGUCGUCCUCGAGGCGCUCGUCGACCCCAGGACCGGAAAGCAAGCGACAGUAUUAGUACAGCGGGGUACGUUGAGGAAGGGAUGCGUCAUCGUCGCCGGAAACGGAUGGGCGAAGGUGCGUAUGCUGCAAAACAGUGCGGGGCUGAGCGUGGAGAGUGCGUCUCCCGCCACGCCCGUGCUCGUGCUGGGCUGGCGGGAGCUGCCCGCCGCCGGGGAUACCGUGCUCGAGGUCGAGAGCGAGAAACGUGCAAGCGAAGUGAUGAGAUGGCGUCACAAUCAACGCAUGAAAGAAAAACAGGAAUCCGAUUUAGAAGCGAUUAACAUAAAGGAGAGCGAACACCAAGCCGUAUACAAGCAGAAGCUCGCACAGAAGCGCUCGCUCGGCCGGUUCCGCACGAGGCAGGAGGGGCCGCGCCAGAAGAUGAUACGGGCCGACACGCACCCCGCGCUCGCCGUCCUCGUUAAAGGCGAUGUUGACGGGUCGGUGGAAGCUAUCCUGGAUAUUCUGGAAACCUACGAUGACCACGAGCGUGUUAGACUUGAGCUGGUCAGCUACGGCGUGGGGCAGGUCACUCCCAAUGAUGUCGAGGUGGCUAAAGCGUUUAACGCGAUAAUCUACGCGUUCAACGUGGAGUGCCCGCCCGCCGUGUCGCGGGAGGCGCGCGCGGCGGGCGUGUCCGUGUCGCACCACAACGUCAUCUACAAGCUGGUGGACGACCUGCGCGCGCAGCUCAGUGCGCGCCUGCCCACCGAGCUGCACGAGGAGCUGCUCGGCGAGGCGAACGUCCUCCAGCAGUUCCACGUGUCGGAGGGUAAGAAGAAGGUGCCGGUGGCGGGCUGUCGCUGUGUGAAGGGCUCGCUGGCGCGGAACGCGCUGUACAGGGUCGUCAGGGGAGGGGAUGUUGUGUAUGAAGGUAAACUGGCAUCAAUGAAACAUUUGAAAGAGGAAGUGACGACAAUAAAACGAGAUAUGGAAUGCGGACUGCGUUUCGAAGACCCCAACUUUAUAAUUCAGCCAGGAGACACAGUAGUGUGCUACAAAAUGGUCGAAGUUUCCAAAACCACCAGCUGGGAUCCAGGAUUUUAGACACGAUGUCGUUAGUUUUGUCAAAACUGGUGCUUGAUAAAUGUACAAUAUUAAUUUUAUACACCAAAAAACUUUGUAAAUCCAUCUUCGUCACCGUUUUAUUUUGUAAAAAAUAUUUUCAUUACUAUAUAUAACGAAAAAGGAUUCUAAUGAAUGUGAUGCUGAUUAAAAUUAUAACAAUACGAUUAAAUGUAUUAAAUAUCUCAUAAAAUCACCUCAGGCCAAACUUUUACAAUAAUACGUAAUAUCUUACACAUAAAUACGUGAGAAUUUUAAUUGCUCACGUAUUUAUGUGUAAGAUAUUACGUAUUGCCAGCUCAUCGUAAAUAAUUCAUUAUUAUUGGUUUUUCUAUUUAUUCAAAUAUUGUUUACAAUAUGAGAUGUUUAAAACGGAAUCAAUAAUAGAUUCGAGAACUAGACACAAGUCUGAUUUAACGCACUGCCAGCUGCGUUUGCCAUGUUUGAUAUUCCCUAAAGUCAUAUUAUCCAUAUCUCUAGCGAGAUAUCGCCCGAUUAACUAGAAAUUUGUCACAGUUUUCCUUUUCAGAUGUAUGAUUUCAGACGUUCACUAAGAACGGAUUUUAUGCAAAUCCUAUCCAAAAUACAUUUUCUCCUUAUUUUCUCCGUGCGAAGCCGGGUCGAUUAGGUAGUAUUUUUAUAUGUGACUAAUUAUUCAAUGAACUAACAACGCAGCGACUUAAUCUUCCAUUUUAUUUGUGUAAACAGAACGAGACAGAAAUAUGUAGAAAUAUACAUGCGUUAGAACGAAAAGGCUAUUUAUUAAUUGUGGAUUCUAAUAAUUGAUGCGUCGAGCCAUGAGUCUGUAAAUUAGCAAAUUUGUAG